AUGAGCUGGACUACCCUCCUCACCGAGGAUACAACGCUGCCAACUGGCGUCUCUGUAAUGCCAGGUCACACCCUCCAUGUCGAAGGCUUGCUUGCUCUGCUACUCUGCUCAGCUCAGGAUCUCUCGGUGCGAGCUGCUUUCACACUCCUGGAAUGCGAGUGGGCUGGAUCUUUCAGAAAACUCAACGUUCCGAAUCUUGAACCUCAGCUUACGCUUCAGCCUUACUGCCCUGAAAGGCGAGAUCUCAGAGCAGAUCUUGACCUUUGCUGGGCGAUCAUGAAUGAUCUGGUCCACAGCAGUAGCGAACAACAGCACGUACAAUACCACCUUGAGCUGCGCAGACUACAUCGCGCACUGCAGCUGCAGCUCGACCAAUACAGCAUGCUCGCAUUGGGUAUCGCACAUUCGGUCGGAGCAAAUACAUUCUCGUGGGGGUCCAGAUAG